AGGCCUGCCCGCUCUUGGCCGCAUCGCGCACUCUGUCGCCGGGUGCAUGUUUCGUCGUCGUAUGUUCGAUGGGUGUUGGGUGAAUCUUUGGACAUAAAUUGCGAUGGAUUGGGCUCGGAUCGGCCCUGUUUCUGAUUCUGUUGAAUGGAUCGGGGGUCGCAUCGCGUCGAUGCUCAAGUUUCUUGGUAAAUCGGAGCAUAAUUGAGCAUCGGGCGGUGGGAGAAAGGAUGGAGCGCGCGCGGAUUCUGCAUUUGUGACGAGACCGAGGGGCGGAGGCAGGCUGCUUUCUGAGUGAGUACACCGUCGCUGCGUGAGUGAGGGAGCGAGGGAGGAUCGGGCGAGGAGUGCCGGGAGAGGAAAGUGAAGAUGAGAAGCAAUUGGCUGCUUUUUAAAGACUCUCGGCAGAGGCGAGAGUCUUGAUGAAUUGUCGUACGAGAAGGAAGGGUUUGAGGGUGUUUAGAGUGGAGGUGAAAACGCUCUCGAAUUGGAGAGACUUCGACUUUGCGCCAGGGUGCAGGGAAGCUGGAGAAACACAUCCGAGCUCGAGAUUUAUGCUAGGGAUUAUCCACUUAUCGAAUUAGGUGAUCAAAAGGAGCGGACUUCUGUGGACAAAUCUGCUGAUGAACUACUGUCUCUCCAUGAACAUCAUUAACCUUCUCCUGAGCUUCGUUCAUCGUCAGCUGAGGUUUGUCGUUGAUUGGAUAGCGUUAAGGUUGUCUGCUGCGAAUGGCUUUGAUGUGACUCUUGUCGGAGUACUCCUAGUGAUUUCUCUACUCGUCGCCUCGCUUACGUACUCACUGUUCCUAUGGCAAAAGAGAGUUUCCUUUUACAUGCUCAAAAAAGCGGCUCAGGUCAAGCGCAGCGCAUUUGUUCAGAAAAGAGGUCGGGAUGUGCCACAUUCAUGGCAGCAAGAAUCAGGCCACAAAGGUGGCCCAUCCACAUGCUGCGUGUGCCUCAAGACGCUGGCCCCGCCUCCGCUUGGAUCCGUGGCAGCGUCCCUAGUCUCGUUCCAUCGCUGUGUGAGUUGUGGCGUGGCAGCCCAUUCGAAUUGCUCCAAACUUGCAACGAACGACUGUAAGUUUGUGUGCAUGACCGGGGCUCAUGUGCUGCAUCAGUGGGUGGAAGGGUGGAAUGAUAUGGAAGAUAUACCCGAUGACCCCGCCUCGUGUAUGUACUGUGAUGAGCCUUGCAAUGGGUCUUUUCUCGCAUCUCGGGCUCCCCUGUGGCGAUGCAUCUGGUGCCAGCGGCUGGUUCAUGUGCAGUGUCAUGAAAAAGUCACUCAUGACGGCCAUGACGUUUGUGAUUUGGGGCCAUAUAAACGCCUCGUCCUCUCACCCUUGGUAGUGAGGGACGUCGGGAGAAUAACCGCUGGUGGACUUCUGCACCAAAUCACGUUGGGCGCCAACGAGUUUGGAUACGCUAUGCGUCAGGGUAUCAAGAGGAGGGGUCGCAGGAGGAAAAAAAACGGCAGCGAUAAUUACAACAACAGUCAGAGCGGCACACCAGAGCCUCAGAGUCAGCAGGGAAGCAGUCGUGAUUACGGAAAUUCCAAGUACAUUGUGGCAGAAUUACCAGAGGAUGCAAGACCCUUGCUCGUCUUUAUCAAUCGGAAGAGUGGGGCACAGCAUGGUGCUGCUCUCAAGAGGCGUUUCAAUGUGCUUCUGAACCCACUGCAGGUAUUUGAACUGAGUACCGAUAAUCCUCCGGAGAAAGGGCUCUCGAUGUUCGAAUCGGUGCCUCACUUCAGGAUUCUUGUUUGCGGAGGAGAUGGUUCCGUUGGAUGGGUAUUGAACGAGAUUGACAAACGCAAUUACGCAUCCCCUCCACCAGUUGCCAUAUUACCUAUUGGAACAGGAAAUGACCUCGCAAGAGUUCUAGGAUGGGGAGGUGGUUAUGGAGCUGUUGAAAGACAAGGUGGACUAUCGAUGAUUCUUCACCAUAUUGAUCACGCGGCAGUCACCAUGCUUGAUCGGUGGCGUGUUACUAUUACAGAAACAAAGGAUGGAGCAGAGUCAAGCGUGACAACGAAAUAUAUAAAUAAUUACCUAGGAAUUGGAUGUGAUGCAAAGGUGGCUUUGGAAAUUCACACGCUCAGAGAGGAAAGUCCAGAGAGAUUCUACAACCAGUUCGUGAACAAAAUGCUCUAUGCGAGGGAAGGUGCUAAGGAUAUUCUGGAUAGAACUUGCGCUUAUUUGCCUUGGCAAGUUCGAUUUGAAAUUGAUGGGACGGAAAUCGAGAUUCCUGAGGAUAUCGAAGGAGUCCUCAUUACGAAUAUUGCAAGCUACAUGGGUGGAGUCGACCUUUGGCAGAACGAAGAAGAACACGAGGAUAAUUUUGAAGCCCAAUACAUGCAUGAUAAGAUGCUAGAGGUUGUUGGUAUAUGCGGAGCGUGGCAUCUUGGAAAAUUGCAGGUUGGGCUGUCUCGAGCUCGAAGGUUAGGACAAGGUCGUUCCAUCAAACUUUGGCUGUCAUCCACCUUGCCCGUACAAAUUGACGGAGAACCUUGGAUACAAUCACCAGGAUGCUUUGAGGUUUCUCAUCACGGACAGGCAUUCAUGUUGAAGCGAACAGCGGAAGAACCGUUAGGUCACGCUGCAGCGAUCAUGGUAGAUGUGCUAGAAAAUGCUGAAUGCAGGGGUGUAAUCAAUGCCGUGCAAAAAAGAGCUUUGCUUCAAGAAAUGGCCGUUCGUCUAUCAUGACUUUCUGGUCGUCAAUUCGUCAGUGGUCCUCUGCACCACAGAUUGUUCUGUUCUCUCAUUCGAGUAGCCAUGUGUAAUAUAGCGUAUGAAGAUGAAUUUCUCUCAGAUAAAUCUUCAUGUAGUUAGAUGGAAGCCAGAAGGUACUUGUAGUAACGUGAUAUAGGUUAGGCUUUACAAAGGCUAUUGAGUAGGUAUGAGCCUAAAUUUUGCCCAGUGUAAAUAGCUUGUUUCAUUCACUUCAAUUCUGUGGGGACUCGUUCUUUGAUUCAAGGGGAGAUUGAUCCCCACGAGAUUUUCUCAUCAUUGAGGAGAGUUUUUUGUGGGUCACCUGAAUAUCGAAGGAAAAAGUUUGACCGAUCAC